AUGGACGCGUCGAGGCUGAUACCGGAUGUGUUAGAUACGAAAGUGAUAUAUCGACGCUAUGCGUCUCUUUUCUUUGUCUGCGGGGUAGGGGCGGACGAUAAUGAGCUCAUCACGCUCGAGAUUAUCCAUCGCUACGUCGAAAUACUGGAUCGGUACUUUGGGAACGUGUGCGAGCUUGACUUGAUAUUCAAUUUUGAUCAAGCAUACGCGAUUCUCGACGAGUUAAUAUUGGGCGGAGAACUUCAGGAACCAUCAAAGAAAGUGGUCUUGUCCGUGUUCCAGUUCCAUGGGGCCGUUGUUGAGAAACUUCGGUCGCCAUUCAGCGGCAUGCUCCUUUGGUUCCCUCCUCCUGGUCAAACCCACAUUCGUCUUGACCAAACCUAUUCGUUCGAACAGAUCGCCGCAUCGGACUUCCAUGUCGUAGAGGAAACACUCGACAGCACUCUUAACGCAGCUGGCCUAGUCUGA